AAGACUUUAGUAACGUGAGAAACGUUUGUGUGGACACACGUAUCAUGAACCAAGAAUAGUCCGUUUAAAAUCUUUAUUAUUAAAAGCAUAAAGUUGUGAAAGUGCAUUCGACUUUAUAUCUUAGUCAUGUGUAGAUUAAGGUGUUAUUAAUAAAACAGUUACUUGGGUCUGGAGUCUGCAAUUUAAUAUAGAAGGUACUAUGGAGAUGGUGCAAAUUACCAGGUUCCUGUGCUUCGUGUUGUGUGCCUUCGUCGUGGCUUGUAAGUCGAAGAAUGUAGAUAAAACAUGGCAAGCAGUAAAAGAUGAUAACGUAGUAACAAUAACACUAUCCAACCGACAAAAUGUGCAAAGCUAUGCAAACGUUCAAACAUAUGGAACAUAUGGAAGUGGAAUUUAUUAUAACAACAAUUUUAUUGAAAGUCAGUUGCAUAGGUUUAUGGAAAACCUGCUAAGUAAUGUACGGGAUGAUCUAUUUUCAAGAAUAACACCACAAAAUUUCGUCCCAUAUUAUUUUAUAAUUCCUAAAUUUUUCAAUUGGAAUAAUGUUAAUCAUAAUCAUAAUGUACCUAAAAAUAUUAAUCCUAAUCUGUUCAAAACUCCUGCAGUAGCUACGUCUACUAAAACACCCAAUAAAGUAGAACCAUUUACUACAAAUAGACCUCAAGCAAAUGGGCAUAGACGGUUUCCGGUUGAAACUGUACCAGCACUGCGACCUAGAACUAUCUUUACCCAAGAUACGACUACCCCGCCACCUGUACCAGGAACAAAGAUUAGUACAACCACCACUGUAAACACCGAACGUCCAGAAACUACUACAGCCAAGAUACAAGUAGCUAGUACAACACAAGCAAAUAAGGACGAUAAAGGCCCAUUUUUCGAUGACGAAGACGAUACUACUAGACCUAUAAUUUUACUUGAUACAAUAUCACCCAAAAGUAAUCGUAAAUUAGACAAGAAAUUACGGAGGAUGCCUGAUGUUGAACAUGGAAGUGUGCAAGCUGGAAUUUAAACAAGAUAGUAUAGAAGCCAAACAAUAGCUGAGUGAAAAAAUCAACCACAUUUGAAAGUGGAUAAGACUGUCCUUUGUGAUUACAUUUCAUUGUAAUAAGUUUUGUGCAUUUAUACAUCCUCGCAAUAAAUUAUUAUUAACUGUUUUAAAUUUAUAAAAAUGUAAAUAGUGGAUAAUUCAAACAAAAGUGUAUAAAACAA